UUUAUUUUUAGCCUUCUAAUUUUCCCUCAAAAAAUUUUCUCGAAUGGCCCAACCAAUCGAAAUUACCCAUGAAUGGACAGCCCAACAAUGGGACUGGCCUUUACAACACAACGACGGGGUUGUUCGAAUUCAUGAUUUACCUAAUCGUUGGGAAGUUGGUUUAGAUGUUGCCUAUUUUACUCCAAACGAGAUUGAAGUCAAGGUUGUUGGGGAUCAUUUAAACAUUCAUUGCAAACACGAAUCGCGUAGUGAUCAACAUGGGUCAGUCAGUCGUGAAAUUAAUCGUAGCUACAAAUUGCCUGACAACGUGAAUAUUCAAACUAUUAAGUCACAUCUGACUCACAAUGGAGUUCUACGUGUUACUGCUCAAAAAUAG